UGGCAGUUCAUCUUGAACAAUCCGAUUGGCUCAGUGAGCCAGACUUGAAUUCAAAUUCAGGAAAGGUGCUAGUCGCAACGAAACCCAGAUGCAGUCUUCACAUCGCAGCAAGGGGUCAGUCAGGUUAUGGUCUAUAUUCAUUGUCGGAUUUCCCGUAGAUGUUCAAUCAUAUGCCGUUCGUGUGUAGCAUCCGAUCGUCGGCAGCGGCGAUUUCGAGACUACGUACCAGUUCGGUGGACAUGUCUUUCAGCGAACGCCUUUCCGCGUACAACAUCAAUUGAGCAUUGUCAACUUGUGAUACACAAGACGAAGCACAUCUCGAUCCACGAAAGUGGUGGGCGUUGUGUUCCAGCAGUGGGCCAAGUGCUAGUGGGGCAAGAUGGCCAGCUCCUCGUCGUGCAGGGUCUGAGAGCAGCGUCACAUCUGAAAACCGGAAUGUUGAAACCCGAUGUAUCUUAUGGCAUCUGAAAUCAGUUGAAAGCAGUGAAAAUAGAAUCUCCCGGAGCUAGAAUGUGCUGGAAUGCUACCGCCGGAGGACGACUAGUAGCGACCAAAUUCAGGCUAUGCGAUUGAUGGCAGAAUGCACAGCAUUUUCACGCGUGGCCGCGCCACACAGCCAUCCCCACACCAAGCACAUGAAAGCUGACGACGACUCUACCUACUCCACUAUUCUCCAUCCACCAUGACCACCCUCCAGGAUGCUUUCUUGCUCUGUAGCCUUUUCCACUGUACGCUCAGCGAGGGUAAGCACAGCCAAACCGGUACACUUGCACUAGAAUGUGUCACGGUCCAAUUCGCCGCCACCUCUUCUUCUUCGUCGUCUUCGCCUGCUUUCAUGGGUGACGACCGCCCGGACCACCACGUAUACCUCAUUCUACGAAUCAAAGAUACCGAAAUCCCCAUCGAACCCGGUCGGAAUGUGCAGACGCAUCUCUCAGAAUCGGGAACACGCACAUACACAUUCCUGCCUACGAGCUCCGAUCCGUCCGAACUCGUCCUUACCGUCGCUCUGCCGGAUAUUCCCGACUCACACUACCUCGAGGACAUCGAAGUCUUCGAAGGAGUUUUGGGACAGUACGCUGUGCUGCGUCCCCCUUUUCAAGCUGCUGCCGAGGAAGUUCCGCUGCCGACCAACAUCUACGAUAAGGAGGAUAUGAAGGAUCUCAGGGGACACCUGGUUCUCGUGAACCAGGACAACGGGGAGGUCGUGGGAGAAUUCGAGCAGAAGUUCGAGGUCAAGGAGGAUCCGAUGUUGACGAAGAGCGAGUCCAAAGCUUCGGAUCCGGUGAUCAUCGAGGUAGAAGAGUCGACUGAUCUUGCAGCGCGCGAUGCGGAUGCGCUUCAGAUCUUUGCGCGAGCGAUCCCGCCAGACCAGCGAGACUGGAUUACGAGCAGUGCGACACUCAUCAGUCAUGCUAUCUCCGGCUCAACCACCCUUGUCAUUCGCGCCCUUUCAGCGGGCACGUCUUACUACACCAAUCAUACCAAGCCCGCUCCAGCUCCAGCUCCCGGUGCAUCAUCCAAUGCACUUGCCUUCGUCUCGUCGUCGAGAACCAGACAGGGCCUCGCCGCAGUGCACUCCGUCAGCGGACAGGCGGUGAAAGUGAGCUCGAAGACUGUGAAGUUGAUCGACGAGAUGAUUAAGAAAGCGAUGGGGAACUCGAAGGGUAAGGGCCGCUCGCUUGCUCCGCCGCUGCCCUCGAGGACACCAUCGCCGUCUCGGAAUCUCGACCCGCCGCCGCCCCCGUAUAGCCGGACGCCAAGUCCCACGACAGACGCUAAGCCACCUCUUCCACCCCGCAGACAGCCGUCGCCAGGGCUGGGUCCAGGCCCACCACUGCCGGCUCGUAAAACCGCAGCCGACACCAGUCAAAUGCAUCAAGGAAAGCUAUCGAAGAAGGCGCGCGUAGUUCUUUCACUUGACCUUAUCCUGGCCACCAUCGACCAUUCCACGCGCCGAAUAUUAGAUGAAGGAUCAAGGAAUCUAGAGAGAGCGGUCGGCCAUCAAUAUGGGCCACAGGCAGCAGAGACCUCGGUGCUCGCUGCGGGAACCGCGAAGAAUCUGGCGCUGGUCUACAUUGACAUGCGCGGGAUCGGACGGCGGGCUCUUCUCAGACGAGCAGGCAAGGAGUUCGUCAAGGGCCGUUUGCAUGGGUGAUCUUACACCAAUAUCUUCUUGGACAACACACGAUCUGUUUCUCGGAUACGAUGUACAACACAACAACUAUCACCGCUAUGCUCAGGUCAUCGAUGGAAUGAUGAAGCAGGUGACCUGGUUGUCGCGGGAGACGGCCUUGCUCGCCUCGCCGCUGACGUUGACGGAAGUGACGGCUUUCCCGCCCCACGGCUGGGACGACGCGUGGGACCAGCUGUUCCCGACGGGCUGACGGGCGAGCUGGUCGCCGACGUACCACACGGCCUCGCCGGCGCCGUCCCAGAAGAACGCGAAGCCGGUGAAGGUGUAGGAGUGCGAGAUCAGGAAACGGGUCACGCCGUCCUCGCUGGUGGCAGUAGCGGUGAUGCUGCCGGCGUGGUUCGGGAUGUUGCCAUUGCUUCCGUAGGAGAGGAGGUGGAUCUUGCCUGGUCCGCGGGCCACAACGAUGACCGGCGCGCCCUGGAUGAAUGCUUGCGUAGAGCUCAUUCUGAAAUCAGGGUGAGAUUGGGAGGCUUCUCGCGGAUGAUCUGGGACUCGCUCUGUUUGGUUCUUCUGCGUGUGCUGAAGAUAAAAUCGUAGUGCUUUGGGAGCCUUUUAUAUCGCCUGCGUCCCAGUAAUUCGCUCAAUUCCUCGGAUCGUCUCAGUAGCUUUCCUCUUAGAUUCGCCGUCGUCCUCUGCUCCCUCAACUCUUUGCGCCAGGGUGCCACUGAUUGAUGCAACUACGAUCCAGUUGGUUGUUCGGUCCCUUACGAUCGAACUCGAUAGACUCGGCAGCCGUCAGAUGCGGUAACUUGAGGGGGGACGUCGUACAUCCUGAUGUGACGCAAGCCUGGGAGUCACCUCGCAAUGGCCGCGCCAUUCGAGAGGCUGGAUAUCUAUGGAAUCAGAGAACUCGAGAGAUCUUCAGCGUUGCGUAUCGGCGCUUAUAAGUGGACCGCGUGCAAAAGCAAUACACAUGAGAAUUUGAACCGACACACUUAAUAAACAAGGCGGUCAUGAGGACAUUUCGGCAGACCCUCGACGUGACACCCAGCAUUCCAGGGUGACAGGAAAUUUCGUGUGAGCUCACGGUAUACUCAGGGACUCAGCGCGGAGUUCACUCACGCCCCAACCGAGCAAAGUCGCAGUCAAUGGUCUGACACUGACAAGCUCCAUCUUAGCUCGUUGACGUACCACCAGCGCCAGCGGACAUGUGCUAAUGGGUCGCGAUAUGCAUCAAAUGACACAGCUAUGCCAUAGAAAAAACCCACCAGAGUCGAAUCAUAAUGCAUAGCGGACUUACUGGCCGAAUACCAAUCCAUCGAGCGAACUGAACGGAUAGUUCGUCUGCUUGGAGCUUGACUGAUUCUAGUGGGGCUUAUGAACAUUUAGAAUUGGAGAAAGAUCGAUACAUUGAAAUACUCUGCCUAGCAGAGAUAUAUUGACUGGUGAAGACGUUCAGGUUGGAAAUCGAACCAGAUCACGUGAUAUAUGGUUGGAUUAAGAUGUUCAUUGCAUAGACGGCCAAGAAAGUCGAGAGAAUUAUCCACAG